UGCAGACAGAUGAAAUAAGACAGGAAUUUGAUGAAGAUAUGUCCAUCCUGCGUGCUUUCUCAAUUGUUUUUGAAAGGAGGCCAGAAUUGAGGAUAGAGGGCCUUACCCAUAAUGUGCUUCAGUGGUAUUUGUGUAGAAUGGAAGGCUGGUUUUUUCUGCGGAUGCUGAUACCAUCUCAAUAAAAUGUUUUGGAUCAGGAUGAAUGAGAAUUUUGACACAAUAGAAAUGGAGAAAAUACAAGAUGGAAUGUAUGUUCGUGUUAAUGGACACUUGAAGAGCUUUAAAGGUGUCAAGCAAUUAGUUGCCUUCUCUGUCAGGCCUGUGACAAACUUUGAUGAGGGUUCCUUCCAUUUUAUCGAUUGCAUACAUAACCACUUGCAAUCUAAAUCACAGUUGCAAGCCCCGACCCAGCCUCAGUCGGGGGAUAUAUCCUUGAGCAUUCCUGUGAAGAAUGAAUCAAGUGAAUCAAGUGGAUAUCAGACAGCCCCAUCUAGUCAAUUAUCUGGGCAAUUUAGCAGUGAUGGGCUCAAGAGCUGUGAUCAAUUGGUCCUUGACUAUCUGCAGCAGCCUUCAAGCAUUGGACAGGAAAAGGGGAUACACAGGGAUGAACUUUCACGGCAGCUAAAACUUCCUGUGGAUAAGAUUAUGGAAUCAAUUAGGGCUCUUGAGGAGGAGGGUUUGAUAUACUCCACUAUUGAUGAGUUUCACUACAAGUCAACUGCAUGUGGUUGAUAUUCUUGAGAUUCAUGGAGACUAUGGAGUGGACCGGAAACUCUAAUUGAAAUAUAAUAUAUAUGUCACCUAACAGCUGCCUUCUAUAAUGGCCACUUGCUCACCAAACGGUGUAUAUUGACUAUCAAUAACUACAAUUUAUUUAUAUAAUAUUUUAUUAUUUUUUUUUUUUAAAAAAAAAAUUUAUAUGUUUAUAGGAGCUAGGUCACGUGGGUUCGAUGAAUCAGAGUAUGCACAUGAUUGCACAGUCUUUUCUAUCUGUCUAUAAAACCUGUUCAAUUUGAAUUAGGUAGUCCACUCUUGUCCGGAUGUGAAU